GUAUGUUCAGUUGCAUUCUGCUGCCAAUUUGUGAUAAUGGUCACUGGAUCCUCAUGGUUGUGUCUCUAUCUGAAAGGAUUGUAAGGGUGUAUGAUUCUCUCCGUGGAGACCAUCAAAAAUACUUCUGUCACUGGCUGUUCUUCAUUUGUCUCCGAAACAAAGCUAGUGUGGAGAAGCUUGAAAACUGGCAGUUUGUCAGGGGUUGCUCUAGCAAACAAGAAGAUGGUAACAACUGUGGCACUUUUGUCAUAAUGAAUGCUGAGGCCAUCAUCAAAAACAUACCAACUUUGGUUAUGCGGCAAGCACAUUGUGAAACAUACAGAAAGUAUGUAACAAAAAGACUUCUUAUGGAAGGGAAGAGAAGAAAUGAAGAAACAUGUGACAUUGUAGAAUCUUGUAGUGGACCACAUAAAAAGUGGAUCCAGUGUGACUGUUGUGGAAAGUGGUUACACAUGAAAUGUGCUCAAGUGAAAAAAGUGGAUCCCAGUUAUGUGUGUGUGUUUUGUUGUGCCUUAUACAAGUGAUUCAGAUUGAAACUAUUCAAGUUCCAAAUUGUAUGUCAGUCAAUAGGAAUCUUCUGGACACAUUCCUAGUAUUCACUUGAAUUAAAAGAGAUUGUUUUCCAUCAUGAAUUAUAGUAUAUGUCAUAUCACCAACUGUGACCAUGCAUGCAACAAUGGACUGGUGUUAAAUGUUGUUUCAAUUUAAUUUUUAGCUUUACUUUUCUAAGUCAUUUAUUGGUAAGUGUUUUUGGUAAAGUCCAAUGUACAUGUAUCUCUGUUAUAACCAAAACUUUACGCGGUUAUUUACUAUUUAUGUCUACACCAGGAGAAACAAUCCUCACAACUCCAGUUUUAACAUAGUUAUGUUUCUUUUUAAUGUUGAAUUUUUGGGUUUAAGUUGUUUUUUUUGAUAAAGUGCAAUAGCUCUUUUACUAUCAAAGCUGCUGACAUGAAAUUUAAAAUUUGCAGUAGCUCUUUUACUAUCAAAGCUGUUGACAUGAAAUUUAAAAUUUUAUUUACUAUCAAAGUCUACAACAGAAAAAACAAACUCUAUAACACUGAUUUUAAUCUUGGCAGAGUUAUGCCCCCUUUAAACUUACAGUUUUUUUGGUCCAAGUUUUUGCAAAAGUCAAAUAUCUCUGUAACUAUCAAAGCUUUUGACUUGAAACUUGAUGUUAUUUCAAAGUCUGCACCAGGAGAAACAAUUUCGAUAACUUUGAUUGAAUUUUGAGUUAUGCCCCUUGUUAACUUAGAAUUUUUGGUUAAAGUUUCAGAAUUUUUUCUGGCAAAACUCUUAUUCAGAGUCAA